AUGGCGCCGCCAUCCCCGUCGGGGACGGAGAGCACAGCCCUCGAUCGAAUUGAAGAGAGGCUGCGCAGUCUCACAGCCUCCAUGGCCACAAAAGAUGACCUCAAAACACUCACCACCACCAUACAGGACACCCUCAGAGCAGAGAUGGCUGGGAUCAGAGCUGAGGUAACUGCACACGCUGGCCGCAUCACACUACAAGAAGAGGCCACUGAGGCCCUUACAACUCGUGUAGCAACUGCAGACACUGCAAUAGCCCGCCAGGGUACAAUGCUCCUCUCUAUGAGAAGACACCUUGAGGACCUGGAUAACAGGGGUCGGAGGUGCAACAUACGCAUUAGGGGCAUCCCAGAGGCAGAAGGGCCACCAGAAGAUGUGGUGGAAAUACUUACUGAACUUUUUCAGUCCAUCCUGCAACCAACCUCACCGCAGCACAUAGAAUUUGAAAGGGCACACAGAACCAUGCGGCCCAGAACCCUGGAGGAUGGGCCGAGAGAUCUAAUAUGUUGCCUGCACUCUUUCCCAGUAAAAGACACAAUUAUGAGAAAAGCACGAGAAAGACCAACCUGGCCCUACAGAGGCUCCCAAGUAGCAUUAUACAAUGAUCUAUCCCCAAUCACACUAGAGGCUCGACGAGCCCUCCGCCCCGUGACGACCGCACUACGGGAACGAGACAUCACCUAUAAAUGGGGGUUCCCUUUCGCAUUGCUGGCCAGGCAUCAAAAUGGCUGGAUCUCAUUACGCUGGCCCGAGGAAGUUCCGCGAUUCAUGGAAGAACUAGGCCUUCCAGCACCGACAGUCCACAACUGGAUACUGGGAACAUGGGCCCCAACCCAGAGGCCGCAAAGAGGGCCAGUCGGAGAGGAACACGGUCCCCCUCUGUUCAGCCGGCCAGACGGCGCAGAAACCCGACUUCCCCGGAAGAGUGAGUGCAGACCCGUCUAA